GACACUGCGUGCUCCGUGGAAGGGCGCCUUGCAGCACCAAGCUCUGAAGCGGGAGAAGACCCAAAACUUUGAAAAAGGCCCUGCAGUUCAUGUGACCCGCAUGAGAGAUGCGUAUAUGGACAGCUCCUGCAUUCAGCCACUGGUUAGCCGACCUAGCAGCAAGAGUCAAAUUGCUUGGUCGCUCAUCGGUAUCCUUUUCAUUGUUUGGGACAUGAUUACCAUUCCACUGGAGCUCUUCGACCAGCAGGAGAUCAUAGUCUUCCAGAUGCUUCCCCAGGGCUUUAUGCAAAGUUCGUAUGUCAGUCUGCUAGAGUCUGCUUGCAUGGCAUUUUCGUGCAUGGAUGUUUGGCAGGAGAUGAUUGAUUUCCUGGUGGUUGUGGGGCGGUUCAGCUUCGGAUACUGGUUGUUGGACAUGCCUUUGCACCUCAUCUUCGGGGUGGAGAUCGACGGCCACCUUGAGCUGCGCCCCAAAAUUUUGGUGAAGAUGUACUUGCGCUCCUGGUUCUGCAUCGAUGCCAUGGUCGUGGGCAUUGAUGCAGUGCUGAUGAAUAGUUUCCUAUCCACCUACACCUUCAUGAUCAUGAGGGUGGUAUCGGGUCUUUUGAUGAUCUUGGCCGUGAACCACGUCAUUGCUUGCUGCUGGUAUGGCCUCGGUCGAUGGACCCUGGAAGGUGGUGGCAGCAGUUGGCUUGUAUCCGCUGGCAUCGCAGAUGCAGGUUUCUCUGAUUCCUAUGCCACUUCUAUCCACUGGGCGCUUACCCAGUUCACGCCAGCUACCAACAAUGUCGCACCAGUCAACUUCGUUGAGAGGUUCUUUGCCGUUUGGGUAAUCCUUCUGGCCAUGGGCACCUUCUCUUCCUUCAUCAGCUCAAUUACGGCAACCGUUAGCACCUUAAGGGCUUCAAGGGCCGAGCAGUUCAAGCAUCAGUCCUCCCUCCUGCGCUUCUUCAACGAGAGGAACCUAUGCACCGAGACAUAUGCCAAGAUCAAUGAUGCCUUGAAGAGGCAGGGAAUGUACGACAUCCGGUUGAAGGAGAAUGAGGUGGCGCUGUUGAGCGGCGUCCCGGAGCACCUCAAGGUGAUCCUCCAUGAAGAGAUGUUCAUGGGCUCCAUGACUUCGCUAUGCAUUUGGCGGCACUGGAGCCACGAGGACGAUAUUCUGAUACACCGUCAGAUUUGCCAUUUCGCCAUGGUGGAGCACGUGGCCACACCAGGAAACGAUGCCUUCAUGCCUGGCACGGAUUGCACAGAGGUCUAUAUUCUAGAGCAGGGCAACAUGGGCUACAUUGCAAGGCAGUUUGGCACCUUUGAGUCUGAGUUCCUCUCCCCGGGUGAAGUGCUUUGCUUGCCGUGCUUCUGGGCGGAAUGGCUUCACCGAGGACGCCUCACCGCAAACGGCGGCACGACGGCCUACUACAACGGGAUCAACUGCGAGAAGUUUUGCAGCCUUGUGAAGCAGCAUGGAUCGCCUCUUUGGCAGUACUUGCAGAUCUAUGGCAUCUUGGUUAUUGGGGAGAUUGAGCAUCUCGAUGCAGAGGACAUCUUCGUCACCGACAAGUCCCUCCGAGCGGCUAAGAUGGACGACAUCGCGGCCCGCGCCAGUCGCUUUGGAGAGAUGAUCAACUCACGCCAUGGGCAUCAAAAGGCUUCCUUUAUGGCUACUCUGGGAGCUGUGGGGCAUCAUCACCGUCACCCUUCGAAAAAUUCAGGGAAAACCAGUGAAACGGCAAGUAGCCAAGUAGAGAAAGUCAUACAUCUGUAA